AUGGCACACAACGGCGAAUCGGUCGCGUGGCAUCCGGCUCUCAGACCGGACGAUAACAAUGAUUUGGCUGCGACACACCCCGACGCGGAGGUCACUCCGAAAGAUCCGCCGACACCAGAGGUUAUUCCCGAGCAGGUUGACGCGCCUGUUGAACAUACAGUACCCGAACCCAUUCCGUCGAUAGAUCCGCCAGAUACGGUCACCCCAGAUACGACCGACUCCAACUCUUUCCCGCCUGUAUUCGAGGAUUCGAACCUGGCCGAAACAACGGAAGAACCACAGGCCAAUGGCGACGAGUCGGCGGCAACGCAAUUUCAUGACCAUGAGCCUGCCCAAACCCUCGAGCCCGUCGGUCAAGUAGAUGGCGUGCAUGAGCCGCAACCCGAAGUUGAAGAUGUGCAGGCCGCUUUCCCCCCAACAACCGAGGACCCCUUCCAGACGGCGGAUCACAACCCCAAUUUCUCCGAGGAUGAUAACAGCUCGCCGUGGCCCAAUGAGGCCGAAAAUCAAGAUUUUCCUAUGAGUACGAAUGGAGCCAUUGAUGGCGAAGAUCGAGGCUUCUGGGAGAAUCCCUCGAAUGAUGACGCUGGGGAUGACGCCGGGGAUGACUUUUUCGACCAACUCAAGACGCAAACUAAGCCGAUUUAUAUCCCGCCAGAAACCGACUCUAGAUAUGAAGAGGGCGUUCCACUACUGGACUCGGCGGUACAAUCUCCGGUUGAGGAGCCGGUAAAGCAACAAAAUCCAAUUGAUAAUGUUUUUGCUGGCGAUGACGAAGACCAGGAGGGGGACGCGUUCUUUAAUGAGAUCCAGAAGCCCGAGCCCGUGGAUGAACCUCCCCGGUCGUUGCACAUCACUCGGAAGAGCACGACCCAAGUACUCGACUCUCUAGAUGUCCCUCCUUACUCCCCAGCCAGCGACACGUCACCGACUGCUCAAGAGUUCAGCAACAUUCUGGCGGCCGCUGCUUCGGAGAACCACGCUGUACCGGAGACUGUGCCGGAGGAGCAAGCCAAAAGUGUAUCAUCUGACGAUGAUUUGGCUGCUCGCUGGCAGGCUGAACUGUCGGAUGAACCGCUGGAGACAGAAAAAGUUUCCGAAGACGAUCUGGCUGCACGAUGGCAAGCAGAACUGGACGAUGACGACGAUCUACUGUUAGGAGAUGAAGUGGCUGAGAAUCCAGCUACCCUCCCUGGAGUAAACCCCCAAAGCAGCAACGGAAUUGUCCAGGAUGCUGCCCCGGCAGCCCCUUAUCAACCUGCACAAAACCCCGCGAACCCCGCUAUGCAGUCUGCCGCCUACACGCCACACCAACCAUCUACGUCGGACCUGCUCCAAGGAUUUCCACCGCAAAUAGGUGGAGUCCCGUCGAACUACUUUGCACAACAGCCCCAGACAAAUCUGCCCGAAAGCAAAGCACCGAGUUUCGCCGAACGCUCUAAGGAGGGCUACAAAUCUCCCUACGAUCUCCCUGACGACCUCGCUCGGCCUCGUAGGCCCGCCGCCAGUCAUAAACCCCUUGUUGUACCGGGAGGUAAUACACCACCGCCGCCUGCUCGGAGCAGUAGUAUGCCAAUGCCUCCUCCCCCAGCAUCGACUUUAGCGACACCUCCACUUGGGACAUCGCCUAUUACGACGGCCGCACCGCCCAAGAACUUCUAUGAAGAACUUCCUUUGCCACCCCCCGUGCCACGUUCAAGACCUGCGACCUCGGGGCGCUAUACUCCGGUCAAUGCAGCGACUGCUCCACCGUCAAACCCGCCGCCCCCUCCGCAAGGAAAUCAAUAUGGCAAUCUCUCCGCUGCCUUGCAACAGCCUGGCUUAGUCGACCCUCAGCCUCAGUUGCAAUCACCGGAACGGAUGGAACCAUAUGCAAAUAUGUUGGCGCCUGCCCCCCCAAGUACACAAGGCGUCCCUAGUGCUGCGUCGAGAUACUCACCCAAGCCUCCUACGUUGAAUGCUGGACCUAGCUCCGCUCCGCCGCCGCCUAGAUACUCCCCUGCGCCACCUCAACCCACUGGCCCCCCUCCUCCUAAAAAUCGAUAUGCUUCGCAACCCUCGAGUGGGCCGGAGCCCUCAAUUACCCUGCCAUUCCAACCACGCACAUCAAGUCCUCUAGCUUAUCACGAGAAGGUGUCGUAUCAGCCCAGGGAGGGUCCCGCAUCACAGCCGUUUAUGGAAACAGCACCAAGUCAUGGUCUUUCCAAUGACGUGCAGUCGAAGCUGCAAGAGCAGGAGAGCGCACGCCCCAUUCCUCCACACCAUGAUGCUAUGACUUCAAGUCCCAUUAAAGUGGCUAGUCCUGAGCGCAUCCCGACAAUUUAUCAACCUAUCUCGCCGCCUAGAAACCCUUAUGCUCCACCCGAACAUACCAAUGAUAUUUUGAAGGGGCCAGCACCCCCAGUUAGCAGCUUAUCAUCCUCCGCACCGCCAGCCGGUGAUUCCCCGUAUGCGCCCCCUCGCAGAUCACAAACUCAGUCUCCCGGUCAACAAUUGGGUGGUCCUCGGUUGUCUGUCCCCUCAAUUGAUCCUCUACAACGUCCUGCUUCCGUGCAUGGAUCUGGCUCCCCAACAAAGACUGCUAGUCCUUACGCACCUUCGCAAGUCUCUGUUCACAAUCGCCUUUCUUCUCAACCGCUCGAAUUCAUUGCACCCGAAGAUGGACAGCAAUUUGAUCCCCUCGAACGGUGGAGGGGCGCCCCUAUCGUCAAAUUUGGAUUUGGGGGCUCCAUAACCACCUGUUUCCCCAAGCAUGUACCGAGGUAUACUGCUGGGCAAGUGGCCCCGAAAAUCAAAUCCAGUCCGGGCGAGGUUCAAAUCCAUCAAUUCAAUGAGUGGAUUCCUGUUCCGGAGAGCAUUGUGCAACACCCUGGUUCCCUGAGGGCCAAGUCCAAGAAGAAGGACCUGCUCGCUUGGCUUUCUAGCAAGGUUGUAGCAUUUGAGAACGAAGGGAUCUCGGAAGCAGCGCAACUACAUCCCGACUCUCACAAACGCCACGAGGAGAAGAUUCUGCUGUGGAAGAUUGUUAAGGUUCUGGUCGAACAUGACGGGAACUUGGAGGCCUCAGCUGAGAGUCAAAAAGCCUUACGCAAUGUCAUUUCCCCUCAUUUGCAAAAUGCCGAAGCUGAGCAGCAAGCCUACGGAGGCGGCUUUCCUACUUUCGGUGCCCCACAGUCAAUGGAUGCAACCUCUCGACCCGAUUCAGUUGACACUCAAUCGUUAGAGAGUCUUCGCAACAGUCUUUUGAUGGGUGACCGAGAGAAGGCCGUCUGGACCGCUGUGGACCACCGGCUGUGGGGCCAUGCCAUGAUAGUAGCGUCGACACUGGAUAGAUCUGUCUGGAAACAGGUUGCCCAGGAGUUUGUGAGACGUGAGGUGAGAUCGGCGACCAGCAACACCGAACCGAUUGCCGCACUCUAUGAGAUAUUUGCGGGCAAUGUCGAGGAGAGCAUUGAUGAACUUGUCCCGCCAUCAGCCCGAGCGGGACUGCAAAUGGUCAGCAAAACCGAGGGCCAAAGUACCUCGAAGAAUGCUCUUGAUGGCCUCAACAGUUGGAAAGAGACUCUUGGCCUAGUGCUUAGCAACCGUAGUCCCGAUGACCACCAGGCAUUGUUGGCUCUGGGUCGUUUGCUGCUCUCUUAUGGUCGUGUGGAGGCUGCUCAUAUUUGUUUCAUCUUCUCGAAAGCCGCUGUGUUUGGCGGUGCCGAUGAUCCACAGGCCAGCGUUGUCUUGCUUGGGGCUGACCAUCAACACCUCCCAUCCAAUGUUCUGCGCGAUGACGAUUCUAUCCUACUCACGGAGGCAUUUGAGUAUGCCACCACCGUCCUCGCAGGCUCCCCCACUGCUGCGAUGCCCCAUCUUUUAGCAUACAAAUUAAUAUAUGCCUGGUCCCUCGCCGAGCGUGGUCGUAAACCCGAGGCUCAGCAGUACUGCGAUGGAAUCGCGGCGGCACUCAAGGCUAGCACAAAGCCUUCCGCUUAUCACCACCAGCACUUAUACUUCGGGGUGGAUGAACUCUCGGCCCGCCUUAGACAGACCACACACGAAGGAGGAUCCUCGUGGAUUUCCAAACCGAGCAUGGAGAAGGUAUCUGGCUCUAUGUGGGCCAAGUUCAACAGCUUCGUCUCCGGGGAAGACAGUGAUGCAGCUUCGACGGCAUCUGGAAAGGCCGGGGAUGCGGAUGUUGGUCCCUUCGCUAAGCUGGCUGGAACACCGACCGUUAGCCGGUCGCCUUCAAUGUCAGACCUGUAUGCGCCCUAUGCGUCUGCAGCGCAGCCUGUCGCCACAAGCGGUCCAUCGCGAUACCAACCGACUAACCAGUAUGCGCCAAGUUCAUCGCCGGAACAAUUGCGUGGGAGGUCGUCGCUCGACUCCCAGAGAUCUUCAUCGUACGGGUACCCGCUGGGCCGACGUGGUUCCCAGGAGCCCUCGACGCCUAUCGACAACAACCUGUACCAAGGAGGACCUUUCUACAACUCACCGCCUGUCGCUGGCUACCAGGGAACGCCUCCGCAGUCCUCACAUAUGCCUCUUGCUCCUGUCGAGGAAGACUCUGUCCCUCAUUCCUACUCGGCACCGAUGCAAGGGUCUCCGAUGCAAGUUACCGGUUAUCAGCCAGCCGACAACCUUGCCUUCGGUCCGUCUCUCACACAGCCACCAACUACAGUACCCGAACCUAGCGCGACUGGCUACAUGCCACCCGGUGCUGGUGGUUAUGAACCACCAUUUGCGGACAACGGCGCGCACUUGAUGCCCGAACCCACCGAGGACGUUCAGGGCGAACACACUAUCCAGAAGAAGAAGUCUUUUAUGGAUGAUGACGAUGAUGACGACAUUGCAGCCCGUUCAGCUGCUAUGCAGAAGGCUGAGAAGGAGCGCAAGGAUCGUGAAGCGGACGAAGCUUUCAGAAAGGCUGCUGAGGCCGACGCCCAAAAGCCUGCACCCGCAAAGAAGUCGUGGUUCGGUGGAUGGUUCGGCGGUGCUAAGAAGGAAGAAAAUAUCGGCAGCCAAAGCCAAGGACCUAUCCGUGCCAAGCUCGGCGAGGAGAACUCAUUCUACUACGACAAGGAUUUGAAGAAAUGGGUCAACAAGAAGGAUCCCAACAGCAGUACCGUGACUCGGGGCGCUCCGCCGCCGCCGAAAGGACCGGCUCCUCCCAGCCGGACCGCGAGUGGCAGUAGUGCACCACCACCACCCCCAAGUGGCACUCCUGGUUUAGACAGCCGGCCUUCAUCGUCCGCAGGUGCUCCUCCUCCGCCAUCAUCAACCGGCAGUCCGGCGCCGCCAUUGCUCGGGGUUCCACCUCCGUUACUCGGGGCGACCGCUCGCUCAGUCUCCACUGGUGCCGCUGCCCCUACUCCACCAGGCAGUGCCCUCGGGUUGCCACCUCGUCCUGCUACUUCGUUGAGCAACGCUAGCUCAAUCGACGACCUUCUCGGAGCCCCACAGGCGCGUAAGGGCGCUGGUGCCAAGGGCAAAAAGAAGGGCAGAUAUGUCGACGUGAUGGCCAAAUAA